AAUCUCACUCACUCUCUCUCUCUCUCUCUGCUCCAUUCCGCCCAUUGCGCGUCCUCUGUCUCUCUCUCUCGAGCUCUAGCCUCGAAACCCUAGAAAUCGAUCCGCUCCUUUCCGAAACCUAGGACUUGAUUAUUGUAAUCCUCUCUCUCACCUUCACAUCGUAGAUUUUCUUAGUUGAUCACUCAUCGGCGGCUCUCGCAAUUUCAAUCUUCUCCCGAUCCUUUCUUCCUCGAACAGUAAGGUAAUCUAGGCUUGGGGCUGUUGAAUCAGUGACAUUUGAGGGCUUUGUUGAAUUGAGGUGGUUUAUCAAGAUACGCUGGAUCUGUCUUGGCGUUUCGAUAGGGAGAGAUGGUUGGAGGUGGAAGCAGGAGGGACGAUGGGCCUUUGAAAAUUAGCAGCACCAACGUUUUUGCAGCGCUCGAGACUCUUAAGAAGAAGAAGAAAUCGAACAAGGAGUUGAAGAGCAAGGGAUCGUCCAAGAGCGGGGCGAAGGAAUCGGAGCCACAGGUGUUUUGGGCACCAACGCCACUGACGGCGAAAUCUUGGGCCGACGUUGAUGAUGACGAUGAUUACUUUGCGACCACAGCACCACCCCAGACUGUUUGGGGCUUGUCGGAGCAACAGCAGAACAAGGAAGCUGUGACAGCAGUAGAGGAGGAAAGUGAAAGUGAGGAAGAUGGCCUCGACGUCGGUGAUGAUGAUGUUGAGGAGGAACCUGAAAAUGAAACUGAGGUUGCUGUUGCAAAUGAACCAAAAAUGGAGAAACCUGUUCCGGUACCUCCCAAAGAUGCAGAACGGCAACUGUCAAAGAAGGAGCUUAAGAAAAAAGAAAUGGCAGAACUUGAUGCACUUCUACAUGAGCUUGGCAUUUCUGGCAAAGAUAGUGAUGUUGCACAAGAUGAGACAAAUGACAAGAAACAACAUGAGCAAAGUGGUGAUGGAGAGAAAAAUGAAAACACUGGUGCUCCUUCAGAAAGCAAAGCUUCAAAGAGGAAGAAGGCCAAAAAAGAAAAAUCUUCCAAGGACACCAAAGAACAAGAGGAACAGCUCGCAGAUCUCAAUAAUAACAAGAACUCAGGUGAGGCGGUGGCUGAACCUGAAGAGGAGGAUACAUCUGCAGUUGAUGUGAAGGAGAGGCUAAAGAAGGUGACUUCCACCAAGAAGAAAAAAUCGAACAAGGAGAUGGAUGCUGCUGCAAAAGCUGCUGCAGUCGAGGCAGCUGCAAGGAGUGCCAGGCUUGCUGCUGCAAAGAAGAAAGAGAAGAGCCACUACAAUCAACAACCAGCACGGUAAUGUUUGUUUUUCUUUUUUUUUGCAUGAGAAGCCCCGCAUAGGUCUAUAUCUGUUUCCCGAACUCCAAAAAUAAAUAUUGGGAUGCCUGUAGAUGACCUGAUCAUAUCCUCUUAUUCUCUUUCUGAUGUUCUUCAGGCGAUUCCAAUUUUUUUUUUAUCCUUGUGUGUCAUGUAACGAAUCAGUUUGGUAUUUUGAUGAUCAGAGUCAUGGACAUAUGGUAGCUUUAGUUUUUA